UGGCAACAGGAUGUGAGGUGGGAGGUGGCGUUCACAAUGUCGUCUCAGUCUAGCUUCAGCCUUCACUUGUAUAGAAUUCAUCUUCAAGCUUGAAUCACAUAUUGAGCCUUGAAGGAGCUUUGUCUGUUACUGCGCCCCCUGGAAAAGUAACUAAAUAUAAUUAUGCUCUUAGAAAUCACUAUAUACGUAAGGAACAUACAGUGUUAUAGAAACUAAAUAAGAAGAGCGCACUUGCGGUGUUUAGUAACUGUGGAAGAAGUGUGUGUGAGGUAAGAUUAUGAAUUAGUCGUCACUUGUUUAUAUGGGGAGGGCGGAUCCUCGUCUGUGCUGCUCGCAAAACCUGCACCAGCCACGAAUUUUGUUGAAAUUACACCUCAGGCUUCAUCAGAUGAGGCUAAAGAGCCGUGAGUGAUGUGUAGAGUGAUGUGCUAUUGAUGCUGAUGCUCAUCCAGUGUCUGGUCAUCGUCGAGGAAAAAUGGCUUUCACUGGACCAUCAGGAGACAACCGUCUCAAUUAUGCUAGACAUUCACGGUUCAUCCGCACCAUUGGUCAAAGCAUAAUGUACCAGGCCUACCUCUGGCUCUACCAAGGCGGCUCCCUUACCUUGUUCCAGUAUCUUAACUCUCUUCCUAAGGGACUGAAUGGUUUAGAGAAACAUACUGUAGACGAUAUUAAAGCCGAGAGAGAUCUUACGAAUAUGGAUAUUACAUCGUUGUACAAAGUGAUGCAGCGGGCGUGUGGAUUAUCCAUCGAGGACAGAGCGUGGUACACUAAACCAAAAUCAGAAAAAGACACAACUCUGGAACAAGCACUCCAUCAACUCAAGCUUGAACGCAAUAAACUCUUACAUAAAGACCCCACAACGUUUAUCAAGGUCUCGGAUAGCGAGCUAGACUCAGCAAUGGCUCUUCUGAAGACGCUAUACAGGAACAUCUUGGUCUUGGCUGCCGAAAAAGGUAAGGUGGAACCGAAUACGUUAAAAGUAGCAAUAACAAAAAUGGAGGAGGAUCUCAGGCAAGAGCGAUACUCUGAAUCUGGCAUCACCGAGUCUGAAUUUUUGAAGAUAAGUGUGCAGGAUCUGACGGAGAAGAAUCAGGAGGAAGGUCUGGAGUCCUUUCCCUCGGAGUACGUGGAGGUGCGCCUUUCGAAGGAGAACCAAGAUAUCAGUCCCUCGCAAAUCCCGCUGAAGGAUUUGCUGGUUCAGACUUGUAAGGAGGGGGACAAACCUCAAGUGAUGGUGGUGGUGGGAGAGACCGGAGCUGGGAAGACAUCACUCUGUCAGUACAUGAUGAGUUCGUGGCUUUCUCGGCACUCCUCUAUGAUAUAUCUCAGCCAGUAUCAGCUAGUAUUGCCCUUCCACUGCAGCAGUGUCAACACUCGCGACAUCUACUACCUCCUCCGAUUCAAGAUCUUGCCCAAUGCCACAUUUGCGUGUGACAGCGGUUCCCUGAUACGUAUCCUGUCAAAUCUGAGAGUGCUGUGGCUGGUGGAUGGCUGGGACGAAGCCACCCAAGAGGCCAGGUGUCUUCUGAAGGAACUGUUGACAACACAGUCUCCUUCCCACACAGUUCUGAUAACCUCUAGACCUGAGCUCAGUACAGCCCUAACCAAUGAUACCGUAUUUACAUCUAAGUUUCUUAGAUUCUCACUUCUUGGACUUGAUAACAACGAGAAGGGAAAAUUGUUGCAGAAGAAAGAAUCUGAGUUUUCUAGCCAUAAGAGAUCCAUCUCCGAAUUCGGUCACAUGGGAAGAUUUGCAGGAUUAGUACAGGAAGAGUUGAAAAAUCCACUAAAACUCCUGCUGAUGGCAAGAUUAUGGUGUGAAAAUUCUGAGUUUCAACCUGACACUUCCCUAAUCAAGCUUUAUAUGAGAAUUAAAGAAGUAUUAAUAAAACAGCUGGUUGAAAAACUAGCAGCUGAGGUUGCACCUGGUGAACGUGACGCAGAGGAGCAAGUUGACAAAUGGUUGAGGUGCUUUUGUAAGAUUACUUUCAAUUCGAUGAAAAAGGGACCAAUUUUGAGAAUUGAUUCAAAAGAUCUUAAGAAACUGAAAGAAGAAUGUCGUAUCGUCAGAGACUCACAAUGUCUUUCGACAUUUCUUAACUAUCACCCAUAUAACGGUAAAGGUUAUUAUACAUAUUUACACUAUUCGCAUCAGUGCUUUUAUGCUGCACUUCAUGUGGUACUCAGGUGUUCACAAGCACGGGAUCCAGAGACCGAAAUAAACAAAAUGUUCCAACCUUAUAUUAGAAAAUCCAGCGAUUAUAUCAAUCCCUGUCUUGGCAUCUACGAUAUAGUCCUUGAAAUUCUAAUCUUGUUUAUGAUUGUGAUAUCAAAAUUAAGUUUUGGGUGGAUUGGUUCUCGGGUUAAUCGCACAGAAUUUAGUCAGAAACUCCAACAGUUGUUUCGGAAACUUACCAAUUUAGCUACCGGUACGUACUUUCCACGAGAAGACUCGGAAGAUACUUCAAAUAUGAGUAAGUAUCACCCAGUCUUGUUGCAGUUGCUGGAAAUGCAAGCUCUUAAAUAUUUCACAAGCAAUAUUUCAGCCAGAUCUUUAGCUAACAUGCUGUUUUUGUCACUAGAUGAAGAAGGGGAUCCACCGAAAUGGUUUGAAGUCUUACAGAGGUGCCAUUAUCAUGAGGACCUCGUGAAGGAGGCAGCUCGCAGAGUGGACACAAAAAUGUGGAUUGUUACUGACGGUGAUCUGAAAGCUGCACGGGAGCUCAUGGUUCAUAUUAUGCCCAACGAAUUAGUUAUUAGCAUAAAUGGCGACCCAAAGAAAUUAGCAGAUCUUGAAAUAGUUCUUUAUCUAGUAGCCAGGAAGAAAGUAAAAGUGCAUCUUCAUCUUCACUGGCAUUAUGCUAGUAUAGGCUUGAAGAAUUUUUUUUCUGAUGAACACCUCAGUCUCUUGUGCGACAAUUCUCCCAAAUGCUGGAUUGUAUCUUUCAUGGGUCACCUAAGUAGCAGGGGCGUCAUGAGUUUGGCAGCUGCUUCCAGGAUGGAACUCCUGUUUAUCAGAGUCUCAGAUGGUGACACUGUUAACCAUAUUUGCUCAGCCACACAAAACAUGAAGAGUUUACAAAGAGUGGACUUAGUAUAUGACCUCCGUAAAUUUAUCAUCCCUUGCUCUUCUUUAGGUGGGUCUAUAGGCAUUUUAAAAUUCAUAGACGGAAUAAUAAAUAUCCUCAUGUUCAAGAGAAGAAAAUCUUUAAACUUUUCCCUUUUCUUGCCCCACCUAAACGUGUCUGCAGUGAACCCAGCGGUAGACUUUAUCUCUGGUCUCAGUAAGCAUUACGGGAUCCUCAGUGUUGAUCAACUCGAUCACAAAGGAGUAAAGAAGCUCGUCAUCGGUCUGGAAAAAAAUGGUGUUCGUGUAGCUAAACUCGUCAAGUCCUUCUUUAACAAGGAAAUUAAGAAGUACAUCCGCAUCGCGUUCACUUCGCUGCCUCUUCAAAUCCCCUUAAAAGACUUGGUGCAACAUUGGCACGAUGCCAACAGAUCUCUCUUCCUGAUGCAGUCUCUUGACAAUACUUCGUCAAAGCUGUUAGUAAACAAGCAGUCAGUGUUAAGCUGAGAAGACGAAAAGACCUGUUUGAUAGGUACUGUACACGGAUAAUGUUGAAUAUCAAAAUGGUAUAAAAUACCGACAGGUUGUUAGAUAAGACACAUAUGCAACAGUUAGGUAUCUAUUUCGAAACGUUUCGCCUACAUAGGCUUCUUCAGUCGAGUACAGAAAAGUUGGUAGAAGCAGAAGAGAUGUGAAGACGAUGUUAUCAGUCCAUCACCCUUGAAGAUAUAGUUUAGAGGUGGUCAGUCCUUAAGCCAGGAGAAGAGUAUUAUUCCAUAGUCUGAAACAAUGUGAAGCUGAAGUGACAGUAUGGAGACUUAUAUACUGUCAGGAGGUGAGAUGUAGGCCACUAGUAGAAGCAAGAAUGUAAUCACUGAGAGGUCACGUCCCUCUCAAAUCCAACAAAGACAAAGAUACCUAACUGUUGCAUAUGUGCCUUACGUGACACAUGUGCACUGUGUGGCGAAACGUUUCCUCAUUAAAGAUACCCAAGUGUUGCACAUGUAUUUAAUUUAUCAACUAGACGGUUCUCUGAACCAUUCAUCUACAGUGUCUUACCUAACACGGAUAAUAUUGUGCAUCGAGAUAUAAUAAUCAAUUGUGAAGUAUUGUGUUGGCUUCUCCAAUACGACAAUUUGUGACUGCUCUUCAGUAACUGCUAAAACAAAUAAAAUAUAUGUGAAACUCACCAUAUUCAUGACAGUCACUUACAACAUUGUGAGAACCGACUUAAAAUAUAUAACAACCAAACAUGAAGCUGUAGAACUCGAUGUCGAUAUAAAACUGAACAAAAAUGUCUUCCUUUCAUAAUUAAAAAUUAUUAGUAUGACACUUCAUUACUUUACAUUAUUCCUUAAAAUAACUUCUACUGACUCUUACUGUUACUAAAAUUAUAACAAUGUUACUAACAUUAUAACAAUGUUACUAACCUUAUAACAAUGUUACUAAAAUAACAAUGUUACUAAUAUAACAAUGUUACUAAUAUAACAAUGUUACUAACAUUAUAACAAUGU